AUGGGUCAAGCAGCUAGUUCUUCUCUCCCUUUGCGUCGUACAAGCAGAAAAAUUAAACCCAAAGUCGACCCCGACUUCGAGUACGACUACGUCCAACAGCGUAUUGACCAACUGGACCGCGAGCUCGCUGCCUCUGGACUAUCACCGCGUGUUUCUCAGGUUCCUUCGUCGCCCGGUCGCUCUUCCAUUCUUUUACGGCAGAUGACCGAGUCUCCUGCGACCUCUCAGCCUGCAGACCUUACAGCUCAAACAAUUUCCUCCGAGCUUCACCUCGCCCAGCUCCAGCGAGAUAAGUUAGCCCUGGAACUCGAGGUUCUUAAGCUUCGUACCGCCGCCGCGGAGACCAAGUUUACUGAUGGAGCGGACCCUUCCAAAUCUGGUAAGGAAAGAAAAAAACGUACAAUCGACUAGCCUGCGAACCGCAGACGCAUUUCCGGUCGUCGCUUUCGGAGGGAGAGAAGCGACACUCGACUGGCCCCACGAGUUUUGUCCUGGUGCGCCAACAUCAGACUUCGAGAACUUGGAGCUGGCCGACUUUGUCGCAGGUUUUCUAAAAAUGAUCAAGCCCUACGAGGCCACGCGCAAAGAGGUCAUGCUCCAGCUCCUCGAAUUGCCUAUGCUCAAAGCUUCCAGCUACACUUGGAAGAGCGUAAGAGGUUUUUACGCUCACAUCGCGAAACAGGUCGAGUUGUGUCGCCUGGAAUUCAACGAUGCCACUCAGAUUCGUGAUGCAGCCACGAUUUUCUUUAAGCAUUCAGAUUUACGGACUUCAACCCCUCAGCCACGCUCAACUAUUUCGGCUGGGGGCGGAUCCCCUUCUGGUGAUACCAACACUCGAUCUUCGAAGUCUGACGCUACACAGGGCAAGGCUUGUCGUCAAUGGAACUACACUGGUUCUUGCUCGUGUGAUACCGCGAGUUCGUCGUAUUCAGGGCAUCAUAAAUGUCGA